AUGGUGUCUCGUAAUGGAGAUUUAUUAAGUUUUAUUAUUAGUCUUACAUCGUGUAUAAUUGCUUUAAUAAGUUUAAUAUUAAUUUGUAUUGGUGUUGGUCUUCCAUCAUGGUACAUAGGAAAAAAUGCUAAUUAUACAGAUGUUAUAAGUGAAGCUAAUUUAUUUUAUUCAUGUUUUUCUCAAAAUGUUAAUCAAGGAACGAUUUCAACAACAACAACAACAACAACAACAUUGAAUUGUACAUCUUAUAAUUCUUAUAGAUGUUCAACAACAUCUUAUAUAAAUAAUGUAUUAAAUGUAACAGGAUAUAUAUCUGGAUGUACAAAUCCAACAAAUGGAUCAUCAACAUAUUUAACUGAUGUUGGACCAAUUUAUCAAAUAUUAAUUGAUGAUUUUUAUCGUUUACGUCAUGCUGCUAUUUUUUCAAUAAUUACAAUACUUAGUAUUUUUUUUUCAGCAAUAUUUUCAUUUCUAAUUGGAACUAUUAAAUUGAAUAUUUAUUUAGUUUUUCUUGGCCCAAUUCUUGCUUGUAUAGGUGUUAUAUUUGGUAUAUGUUGUUUGGCAUUUGCUGGUUCUGUUUUGUAUUAUACAGGUGUUGGUUUUGCUUUAUUUUCUGUUGGAGUUUUACUUGAAGUUAUUGUUCUAACAUUAUCAUCAAUUGUAGCUGGAAGAUUAAAUCAAAUUGAAAAAAAAAUUGAAAAUAAACAUGAUGAACAAAUCUCUACACAUCGUAGUUCUUCACCUAUUUAUGUUCGACGUAUAUAUAAACGAAGAAUUUAA